AUGCUGCUAGCAUCCUGGGCACUGGCAAGUCCUGGCAAUGUCGACUACAACGCACUGCAGAACUUUGCAUUCAAUGGUCUGAUUGAUGGCGCCAUGGCCACAAAACAGGUCAUCGAAAGCUUCUAUGGUCAUGCCCGGACUACUCUUACUGGAACGGUUGCUCUCAAGGUGGCCGGCAAGAAGUUUCCAGAGGUGUUCGAUGGCAUCGCGGCAGCAGCUCCAGCCAUCAACUGGAGUUCAUUCUUUUUUUCGUCAACCUUCCCUCAACAGGUCUUGUCUGAGCUGACCCAAAACGGCUUGAAACGUUUCCCACAUGAGUGCGAGUUCCUCUCCCUAAGGACAGCUGCCAUUGCUGCUUGCGACGCCAACGGUGGACCUGUUGAUGGGUUAAUUUCCGACAUGGCAAGCUGCAAAUUCGACGCUCGGUCCAUGAUUGGAAGUCCAUCUAACUGCAGCUCUUCUGGUGCACCUUCGGUCAUAUCGGAGGCUGCUGCUAUGGCCAUGAAUGCAUUGUGGCAAGGUGCUCAGACGAGCGAUGGAUCAUUCCUGUGGUACCCCCAUGGAUACCAGACAGACCCAACAGCUUUCUAUGGUACUCUGGACAACACCUGCUCGGACAACGGCACAUGUGUCCCAGAAAGAAAUACGCUCUUCACCCACUGGAUAAAGUACUUCGUCAAGAAAGAUCCGGAUUUUGACUUGAACAACAUGACACGCCAGGACUUUGUCCGCGCAUUCAACGCAGGAACGCGAGACUACAACUCCAUUAUCGACACGGAUUAUCCAGACUUGCGAGAGUUUCGCGCGGCCGGGGGAAAGCUGCUUACCUACCACGGUCUAGCAGACCAAUCGAUCCCAUAUGGUGGAACGGGUGACUAUUAUGAUCGAGUAUCUGCUCUCGAUCCUGCCCUGCGCGACUUUUACCGUUAUUUCGAAGUCCCCGGAGCAGCACACUGUGAAGCUGGCCAAGGUGGUGUACCUACCGGCUUGUUUUCCGCUUUGGUCGACUGGGUUGAGAAUGGUAUUGCGCCCGAAACGCUUAUCGCUAGGAACGCUGAAGAUAAAGAACGUUUGCUUUGUCAAUACCCGAAGAAGGCAGUAUUCACUGGAGACUCUGCAAACUACACUGCGGCAGAUUUCGUAUGCCAGUGA